AUGUCCUCACCUUUUCUUUGGAGCUUGGUUAUUUUAUGGACAUUUACUGAGUUAGAUGGUCAAACCAGAGUAACUGAGCUGCAGAGACACAAGAGAAACUCCGGUCUCCAACAGCCUCGAAUUGCUACAGAGAGGGGGAAUUUAGUUUUUAUUACUGAUUCUGCCCAAAACAUUGAAUUCAGAACUGGAUCCCUUGGGAAAAUUAAAUUAAAUAAUGAAGACAUCAAUGAAUGUUUACAUCAGAUCCAGAGGAAUAAAGAUGAUAUUACAGAUUUAAAAAGGACUGCAGCUGAUGUGCCUCAGAAUAUAUCUAGUCAAAUCCAUCAGCUUAAUUCCAAGCUUCUGGAUCUCGAGAGAAAAUUCCAAAGCUUACAGCAGACAGUUGACAAGAAGGUUUGCAGCAGCAAUCCCUGCCAAAACGGGGGAACCUGCCUCAACCUGCACGAUUCCUUCUUUUGUAUCUGUCCAUCACAGUGGCAGGGUCCACUCUGCUCAGUUGAUGUUGAUGAAUGUGUAAUUUAUUCCGGGACGCCCUUCAGCUGCCAAAACGGAGCCACGUGCGAAAAUACAGCAGGGAGUUACAGUUGCCGUUGCUCAGCUGAUACGUAUGGACCCCAAUGCGCACACAAAUACGAUGACUGUGAAAGAGGCUCUAAGCACCUUUGUGACCAUGGCAUCUGUGAGAACUUACCUCGAACUCAAGUUGAACAGCCCAUGUACAGCUGCAUCUGCCAUGCUGGGUGGACAAAAUCACUAAACAAUGCCACCUGCUCGGAGGACAUAGAUGAGUGCAGCCUCGAGCCCGCACCGUGUUCACCGCAUGUCCAGUGUUACAACACUCAAGGCUCUUUCUACUGUGGGGCCUGUCCAUCAGGCUGGCAUGGCAAUGGAUUGGAUUGCCAAGAUAUAAAUGAAUGUGAAGUGAAUAACGGUGGCUGUUCUGUGGCUCCGCUGGUUGAGUGUGUGAACACACCAGGAUCCUACCACUGUGAAUCCUGUCCACCAGGAUACCAGGGCAAUGGAAGAGUGUGCACACUCAUAGACAUCUGCUCGGUCAACAACGGAGGCUGCCACCCACGUGCUUCCUGCUCCUCGGUUCUAGGUUCCUUACCUCUCUGUACCUGUCCCCUGGGCUACACAGGAAAUGGUUAUGGGCCAAAUGGAUGUGUACAGCUCAGUAAUAUGUGCCUCAGUCACCCCUGUUUAAAUGGACAGUGCACUGAAACCGUCUCUGGCUAUCUUUGUAAGUGUGAUCCAGGUUGGGCCGGUGUCAACUGCACAGAAAACAUCAAUGAGUGUUUGAGCAACCCCUGCUUGAACGGGGGAAUUUGUGUUGACGGCGUUAAUGCUUACAGCUGUGAAUGCACCAGUGCCUGGACUGGGUUACACUGUCAGAUUUCCCAGCAAGUUUGUGGUGGAUCACUGUCAGGGAUGAACGGAAGUUUCAGCUACAAGAGUCCUGAUACCAGUUUCGUUCAUGAUGUUAACUGCUUCUGGGUUAUCCGAACUGAAGCAGGAAAGGUCUUGCACAUCAUUUUCACUUUUUUCAAAUUAGACUCAGUGGACAACUGUCCACAUGAGUUUCUUCAGAUUUAUGAUGGAGAAUCCUCUGCAGGAUUCCAGCUUGGAAGAUUCUGUGGCUCCAGCCCACCUCCUGAACUUGUCAGCAGUGACAAUGCUCUCUAUUUUCAUCUCUAUUCUGAGCACUUAAGAAAUGAGAGAGGCUUUACUGUAAGAUGGGAAACACGGCCACCAGAGUGUGGAGGUGUGUUGACCAGUCCCUAUGGCUCAAUUACAUCUCCUGGAUAUCCUGGAAACUAUCCAUCUGGAAGAGAUUGUGUCUGGAAAGUUUUAACCAGUCCUGACCUCCUGAUCACAUUUACAUUUGGGACCUUGAGCCUGGAGAACCACGAUGACUGCAGCAAAGAUUAUCUUGAGAUUCGAGAUGGUCCUAUGCGAAAUGACCCUGUUCUUGGAAAAUUCUGUACCACUCUUUCAGCCCCACCGCUCCAGACUACAGGUCCUUUUGCCAGACUCCAUUUCCAUUCUGACACUGAGAUUAGUGAUCAAGGGUUUCAUAUAACCUACUUAACAACACGUUCGGACCUGCUUUGUGGAGGGACAUACAGUGACCCUGAGGGUGAGCUUCUUUCUGACUUGACUGGACCUUUUACGCACAGCAGACAAUGUGUCUAUAUAAUAGAGCAACCAGAGGGGGAACGUAUACAGAUCAACAUCACCCAUGUGGAGCUGGGAAGCCACAGUGGCUGUUCUCAGAGUUACAUUGAGGUUCUAGAUGAUGACAUUAUACUUGGAAAAUUCUGUGGCAAUUCAACCAUCUCUCACAUUAACUCUGUUACUAACAGAAUCUGGGUCAGGUUUAAAAUAGAUGCUUCUAUUGAAAAAGCUGGUUUCAGAGCUGUUUAUCAAGUAGCCUGUGGUGGUGAAUUAACUGGAGAAGGAGUCAUUCGCUCUCCUUUCUAUCCUAACCCAUAUCCUGGAGAAAGGAUCUGUACAUGGAGCAUCCAUCAGCCCCAAGGCCAAGUAGUUGUUCUCAAUUUCACUGGCUUUGAAAUUGGCGAUUCUGCCCAUUGUGAUACAGAUUAUAUUGAGAUUGGUAGCAGUUCUGUUUUGGAUUCCCCUGAAAAUAAUAAGUAUUGUGGUACAGAAGUACCAUCAAUUAUAACAUCAGUACAUAAUAUUUUAUUUGUUACAUUCGUGAAAAGUUCUUCUAUGCAAAAUCAUGGUUUCAUAGCUAAGUUCAGUACUGAAAACUUAGCUUGUGGAAAAAGUCUUACAGCACCAACAGGAACAAUUCAAAGUCCUGGCUAUCCAUAUGUAUAUCCCCAUGGUGUCAACUGUACCUGGCAUAUAUUAGUUGAAACAGGCCAACAGAUUCGUUUAAAAUUUAAAAAAUUUCAUCUGGAAUUUCAUUACAACUGCACAAAUGAUUUUCUGGAAGUUUAUGACACUGGCUCUAACACCUUUCUUGGGAGGUAUUGUGGAACAUCAUUCCCACCCUCUCUCACCAGCAAUUCAAACUCAUUAAUGCUGAUAUUUGUGGCUGACUCUCACCUGGCCCAUGAAGGCUUCCAAAUAGACUAUGACAUAAUUAAUGCAUCAACAGCAUGUGUAGAAGACUAUACAGGUGACUAUGGAACAUUCAGUUCUAAAAACUUCCCCAGUAACUAUCCCAACAACUGGGAAUGCAUUUAUAAGAUCACGGUGGGAACUGGUCAACAGAUUGCAUUGCAUUUUACAAACUUCUCAUUGGAGGAAAGCAUUGGUCAUUGCGCAGAUUUUGUGGAAAUCAGAGAUGGCGGCUAUGAAAAUUCACCACUCAUUGGCACAUACUGUGGUUCAAAUCCACCUCCAACAAUCAUCUCUCACAGUAACAAACUAUGGAUAAAUUUUACAAGUGACUUAGUAUACUCAAGUUCUGGAUUCUCCGCUUACUGGGAUGGAUCAACAACAGGUUGUGGAGGCAAUCUCACUACUCCCACAGGCACCUUCACGUCCCCCAACUACCCAAUGCCAUACUACCACAGCUCUGAAUGCUACUGGUUAUUGAAAUCCAGCCAUGGAAGCCCAUUUGAACUGACUUUUGAAGCUUUCCACUUGGAAUAUCACCCACAGUGCACUUUAGAUUAUUUGGCUGUAUAUGAUGGCCCAAGUACCAGCUCUCAUCUGCUAAGUCAGCUCUGUGGGGAUGAGAAACCAGCUCCCAUCCGUUCUAGUGGAGACAGCAUGUUUUUAAAGCUGAGGACAGAUGAAGGUCAACAAGGAGGUGGCUUCCUCAUCAACUAUAACCAAGUAUGUGAGAGUGUGGUGAUUGUCAAUCGAACGUACGGCAUCUUGGAGAGUAUACAUUUUCCGAACCCUUAUAAGGAGAACCAGCGUUGCAACUGGACUAUCCAGGCAACGAGUGGCAACACUGUGAACUAUACCUUCUUAGCAUUUGACCUAGAACUUUACACAAACUGCUCCACGGACUAUUUAGAGCUCUAUGAUGGAUCACAAAGGAUAGGACGCUACUGUGGAAGAGAUAUUCCACCUUCAGGAAGUACUACCAGCUCCAGACUGAAUGUGCUGUUCCACACAGAUGGGGUUGGUCACCAUGAGAAAGGAUUUCAGAUGCAGUGGCUCGUUCACGGUUGUGGUGGAGAGCUAUUUGGUGACACAGGUUCCUUCGCCAGCCCAGAUUAUCCUAACAGGUAUCCACCCAACAAAGUGUGUAUCUGGUACAUUACCACAGCCCCUGGGACUAGUAUUCAACUCACCAUCCAUGAUUUUGAUGUGGAGUACCAUGCCAGCUGCAAUUUUGAUUCACUUGAGACUAGUAUGUCGAACCCACCCAGCCACUCUACAGGAGAAUUCUAUAAAUAUUAUAGCCAAGGAAACCCUUUAGGGAAACUCCACUCAACCACAUGGGACUUCUGUUGUGGUGGUAUUUUCAAGGCUCCCAGUGGAGAAAUCCAUUCUCCAAAUUAUCCCAGUCCUUAUAGGAGUAACACUGAAUGUGCCUGGGUCAUUCAAGUUGAAAGACACUACCGUGUUCUCUUAAACUUCACAGACUUUGAUCUUGAACUUCAGGACUCUUGUAUUAUGGCCUAUGAUGGCUUCAAUUCAGCAACCACCCGCCUUGCCAGUGUGUGUGGAAGACAGCAACUGACUAACCCCAUCAUCUCUUCAGGAAACACUCUCUUUGUGAGAUUUCAAGCUGGAGCUUCCAGACAUAACAGGGGCUUCAGAGCCCACUUCAGGCAAGCCUGUGGAGGCUUCCUCAUCACGGAUUCUUUUGAUACCAUUUCCUCUCCGUUGUUCCCUGCCCCGUAUCCACGCAACCAGAACUGCAGCUGGAUAAUUCAAGCUCAACCUCCAUUCAAUCAUAUAACCCUCUCCUUUAGCCACUUUGAACUUCAAGGUAGCAGACAGUGUUCACGUGACUUCUUGGAAAUUCUGGAUGGCGGUGAUCAGGACGCACCUCUGCGAGGCCGUUACUGUGGCACAGCCAUGCCGCAUCCUGUCACUUCGUUCAGCAACGCCCUAACGUUGCGGUUCGUCUCUGAUUCUAGUGGGAGCGCCAGUGGUUUUCAUGCUUCAUAUGCUGCAUCAUCAUCAGCUUGUGGUGGGACCUUCCACAUGGCUGAGGGCACCUUCAAUAGCCCUGGAUACCCAGAAAAUUAUCCUUCUAACAUAGAGUGUGUCUGGAACUUGGUCAGUUCCCCUGGCAACCAGCUCCAGUUGUCUUUCAUAACUUUCCAAUUGGAGGACUCUGAGGAUUGUAACAAAGAUUUUGUGGAGAUCCGGGAAGGAAAUGCCACAGGCCACUUGGUGGGGCGACACUGUGGCAACAUUCUCCCUUUCAACUACUCCUCUGUUGUUGGGCACAUCCUGUGGGUCCGUUUUGUCUCAGAUGGUUCAGGCAGUGACAUAGGCUUCCAGGCCACAUUUGUUAAAAUAUUUGGCAAUGACAAUAUUGUGGGAACUCAUGGGAAAAUUGCUUCUCCUUUAUGGCCUGGAAAUUACCCACAUAACUCCAAUUACCAAUGGAUAGUAAAUGUGAAUGCCUCUCAAGUCAUCCAUGGUAGAAUCUUGGAGAUAGACAUUGAAGCAACACAUAACUGUUAUUAUGAUAAAUUAAUGAUUUUUGAUGGGCUUGGCACUCAUUCCCGCUCAAUUGGAGCUUACUGUGGUACCCAGACUGCAUCUUUUAUCUCCACGAGAAAUUCACUGACAUUUCAGUUUUUUUCUGACUCUUCAAUCUCAGGAAGAGGAUUUCUUCUGGAAUGGUUUGCAAUGGAUGCUCCUGUUGGACCUUUACCCACCAUUGCUACAGGUGCUUGUGGUGGAUUCCUGAGGACCGGAGACUCGCCAGUGUUUCUUUUCUCCCCUGGCUGGCCUGAAAGCUAUCAGAAUCGAAUUGACUGUUCUUGGCUCAUUCAGGCUCCUGAUUCAACUGUGGAACUCAACAUCCUUUCCAUGGACAUUGAGUCUCACCAGACAUGCAACUACGAUAAACUCGUAAUAAAAGACGGAGACAACACCUUGGCCCGGGAACUAGCAGUUCUGUGUGGCAGAGAAGUCCCUGGACCCAUUCGAUCUACUGGUGAAUAUAUGCUGGUUCAGUUCACCUCAGACUUCAGUGUAACCGGAGCAGGCUUCAAUGCAUCAUUUCACAAGAGUUGUGGUGGCUAUUUGCAUGCAGACAGAGGAGUUGUUACAUCUCCCAUGUAUCCCGAAACCUACCCUCCCAACCUCAACUGUUCUUGGCAUGUCCUGGUUCAGAGUGGUCUGACCAUCGCUGUCCAUUUUGAACAGCCAUUCCAGAUCCCAAAUGAAGAUUCUUCUUGUAACCAGGGGGAUUAUUUGAUACUGAAAAAUGGACCUGAUGCUUAUUCUCCGCCUUUGGGACCCCAUGGAAGAAAUGGUCAUUUCUGUGGCAGCCGUCCUUCAUCUACUAUGUUUACCUCAGAUAAUCAAAUGUUUGUUCAGUUUAUUUCUGAUAAUAGUAAUGGAGGACAAGGAUUUAAGAUCAAAUAUGAAGCUAAGAGUUUAGCUUGUGGUGGCAAUAUUUACAUCCAUGAUGCUGAUUCCUCUGGAUAUGUGACCUCUCCCAACCACCCUGACAAUUACCCCCCGCACGCUGAUUGCAUUUGGAUCUUAUCUGCUCCCCCUGGAAAGCUUGUGCAGCUGCAGUUUGAAGACCAAUUCAAUAUCGAAAUAACACCCAACUGCACAUCAAAUUACCUUGAAUUGCGAGAUGGAGCGGAUGCAAAUGCACCAAUACUUUCCAAGUCUUGUGGGACAUCUUUACCCAGAAGUCAGCUGUCCUCAGAUGAAACCAUGUACUUGAGAUUCCGUACGGAUAACAGUCCUACUCAUGUUGGAUUCAAGGCUAAGUAUUCAAUAGCGCUGUGUGGAGGAAGAGUGACUGGGCGGAGUGGUAUCAUUGAAAGCAUCGGAUACCCAACACUUCCUUACAGAGAUAAUUUAGUCUGUGUGUGGCACCUUCAGGGUCUCUCAGACCACUACUUAACUAUUCAUUUUGAAGCAUUUAACCUUCAGAAUUCCUCCAACUGUGAAAAAGAUUUUGUGGAGAUCUGGGAAAACCAUACUUCAGGAAGUGCACUGGGCAGAUUCUGUGGAGACACCAUUCCUGACAGGAUAGACACCUCUGGCAAUGUCGCUUUGGUCAGGUUUGUCACAGAUGGUUCACUGACUGCUUCAGGAUUCAGACUGCUAUAUGAAUCUAGUUUGGAAGAGUGUGGUGGGGACCUGCAAGGCUCUACUGGGACAUUUUCCUCCCCCAACUACCCAAACCCAAAUUCACACAGUCGGAUCUGUGAGUGGAGAAUCACCGUGCCCGAGGGAAGGCAGGUCACUCUAACUUUUAACAACCUGAGGCUGGAAACCCAUCCAUCCUGCAGCAAUGAACAUGUGACAGUAUACAAUGGCCUUAGAACUAACUCACCCCAACUGGAAAAACUGUGUAGUAAUGUGAAUGUAAGUGACCACAUAAAUUCCUCAGGAAAUACAAUGAAAGUUGUUUAUUUCACUGAUGGAUCCAGGCCAUAUGGGGGCUUCAUUGCUUCCUACACUUCCAAUGAAGAUGCAGUGUGUGGUGGAUCCCUUAUAGAUUUCCCAGAAGGAAACUUUACUUCUCCUGGCUAUAAUGGUGUCAACAAUUACUCAAGAAACCUGAACUGUGAAUGGAGCCUCAGUAAUCCAAGUCAGGGAAAUUCAUCUAUUUACAUUCAUUUUGAGGUUUUCCACAUAGAAAGCCACCAAGACUGUGAUUUUGAUGUCCUCGAGUUUCGAGUAGGAGAUGCUGAUGGGCCUUUGAUCUGGAGAUUUUGUGGACAUUCAAAACCUGCAGUGCCUUUGGUCAUACCUUAUCCUCAGGUCUGGAUACAUUUUGUCACCAAUCAACAGGUAGAAUAUAUUGGAUUCCAUGCAGGAUAUUCCUUUACAGAUUGUGGCGGGAUACAGAUAGGUGAAAGUGGAAUGAUUUCAAGCCCCAACUAUCCAGCCGCCUAUAACAGCUUGACUCACUGUUCUUGGCUCUUGGAAGCUCCACAGGGCCACACCAUCACGCUUACAUUUAAUGACUUUGACAUUGAACCCCACACCACUUGUUCUUGGGACUCAGUCACCAUCAUGAAUGGUGGCUCUCCUGGAUCACCCAUAAUAGGACGGUACUGCGGAAGUUCAAGCCCCAGGGCAAUCCAGUCUGGAUCCAACCAACUGGUGGUGAUUUUUAAUUCAGACCAUUCAGUGCAAAAUGGUGGAUUUUAUGCUACAUGGACCACACAAACUUUAGGUUGUGGGGGAAUACUCCACUCAGACAAUGGCACCAUCAGAUCCCCUCACUGGCCUCAGAAUUUCCCUGAGAACAGCAGAUGCUCAUGGACAGUCAUCACCCAUGAAAGUAAACACUGGGAGAUCAGCUUUGACAGCAACUUCCUCAUCCCCAGCAGUGAUGGGCAGUGUCAGGACAGCUUUGUGAAGGUGUGGGCAGGCACUGAGGAAGUCCACAAAGCUCUGUUAGCCACAAGCUGUGGGGCUGUGGCUCCAAGUUCCAUCAUCACACCGAGAAACACAUUCACUGCUGUGUUUCAGGCCCAGGGGACACCAGGUCGGGGCUUUUCUGCAUCAUUUAUAAGCCGAUGUGGAAGUAAUUUCACUGACUCUACAGGUUACAUCAUUUCACCAAACUACCCAAAGCAGUAUGACAACAAUAUGAAUUGUACCUACAUCAUUGAGGCUGAUUCUGAUGCUGUGGUCAUCCUGACCUUUGUGUCUUUCCAUUUGGAAGCUCGCUCGGCGAUCGCAGGAAGUUGUACCAAUGAUGGAGUCCACAUCAUUAGAGGUUACAGCUUAUCCUCCAUGCCAUUUACUACCCUGUGUGGUGAUGAGGUCCUGGCUCCACUCUCCAUCUCUGGUCCAGUGCUGAUUAACUUCUACUCUAACGCACACAUCACAGACUUUGGAUUCAAGCUUUCCUAUAGGAUAACUUCCUGUGGUGGCAUUUUCAACUUUUCCACUGGAAUCAUCCGGAGUCCUUCCUAUUCCUAUUCAGACUACCCUAACAAUAUGUACUGUUUGUACACCAUCACUGUUAGAGUCGACAAGGUGAUCCAGCUCAAGUUCAAUGAUUUUGAUGUGGUUCCCUCCACCCUCUGCUCCCAAGAUUACCUGGCGAUUUAUGACGGUUCUAACGUCACUGAUCCCCUCCUGGGUAUGUUCUGUGGCUCCAAGCUUCCACCAAACGUGAGAGGCAACAGUAAUAUUUUGCUCCUGGUGUUCAAGACAGAUGAAUUUCAAACAGCAAGAGGUUGGAAGAUAACUUUCCAACAGACACUGGGACCUCAGCAAGGAUGUGGAGGUUACCUGACAGAUGCAAAUUACACCUUUGCCUCUCCUGAUGCUGAUGCAAAUGGAAGAUAUGACAAGGGUUUAAACUGUGUAUGGUUCAUUAGUGCACCUAUCAACAAAUUAAUUAAACUCACUUUCAAUACGUUUGCUUUGGAAGCAGUAAGUUUGCAAGGAUGCAUUUAUGAUUAUGUAAAGCUGUACGAUGGGGAUAGUCCAAAUGCCAACUUGGUUGGAACAUUUUGUGGUUCCACUAUACCUGCUCCUUUCUUCUCUUCUGGCAACUUCCUUACGGUUCAAUUUGUCAGUGACUUAACUUUAGAAAGAGAAGGAUUUAAUGUGACAUAUACCAUCAUGGAUAUGCCUUGUGGAGGAAACUAUAAUGCAACUUGGACCCCACAAAGUAGCAUGUCACCAAAUUCAUCAACCCCAGAUGUUUCAUUUCACACCUGUACUUGGGUCAUUGAAGCUCCUCCCCAUCAGCAGAUCAAGAUAGCUGUGUGGGCUCUCCGGCUUCACUCCCAAGACUGCUCACAGAAUUACUUGGAGUUCCAGGACUCACCAGAGAGUAAUGGAAAUCCAGGAGUCCGGUUCUGUGGCCAGAAUGUUUCAUCUGUACCAGCAUUUUAUUCUUCUAGGCGCACAGCGAUUAUCGUGUUUAAAUCUGACAUUUUUAACACAGACUCUAGGAUAGGUUUUACCUAUCAGAUUGCUGACUGCAACAGAGAAUACAAGAGGGCGUUUGGUAAUCUGAAGAGUCCUGGAUGGCCGGACAGCUAUAACAGUGACCUGGACUGCAGUAUUAGGCUCACAGCACCACAGAACCACAGCAUCUCCCUCUUUUUUCAUUCAUUUGGUGUUGAGGAGUCAAACGAGUGCAUUCAUGAUUUCUUGGAGGUAAGGAAUGGAAGUGAUAGCAGUUACCCAUUACUUGGCAAAUAUUGUGGAACUUUACUGCCAAAUCCCAUCUUUUCUCAAAACAAUGAAUUAUACCUGCGAUUUAAGAGUAAUGGAGACAUUUCCAAUCGUGGAUAUGAAAUCAUCUGGACGUCAUCACCUUCUGGUUGUGGUGGGACUCUUUAUGGAGACAGCGGGUCCUUCACUAGCCCUGGCUAUCCUGACACUUACCCAAACAGCACGCACUGUGAGUGGACCAUCUCUGCUCCUGCUGGGCGAGCGGUCACAGUCAGCUUCUACUUUGUCAGCAUCAAUGACCCGGGAGAUUGUGUCCAGAACUAUCUCAGACUCUAUGAUGGGCCAGAUGCUAAUUAUCCAUUCACCGGUCCAUAUUGUGGAGCAGACACUGAAAUAGCUCCUGUUGCAUUUUCCUCACAUCAAGUCUUCAUAGAAUUUCACGCCGAGUAUGUGGUGCAGCCAUCAGCAUUCCGAUUGAUGUGGAACAGCUAA